AUGGAGGGGCGCCCCCGCGGCGGCGGCGGCGGCGGGCGGACGGCGAUGGACUACUCGCUGGCGGCGCUGAAGCUGCUGGCCUCGCAGCUGGAGGGCUCCACCACGGCCCCCUCCUCCGAGGGCUCCUCCCCCGCGCAGAUGCUCUUCGGCAUCCGCUUCCAGCGCGCCUGGAUCCAGGGCGUGAUCCUGCGCGUGGACUACAGCGCCGGCGACAACGGGAGGCUGUUCGUGGAUGACGGCUCCUGCGUCACCGAGUUCAUGCUCCGAUCCGAGGAUGCCAAGGGCCAGCCCUGGCGCCCAGGGAUGUAUGUGCUGAUUAUUGGGGCAUAUAUUGCACCCGACUCUACGGAAAAUCUGCCAGCGGUCAAGGUGCACAAGAUAGUGGAUCUCUCGGCGCAGCCGGACCGUGAAGCGAUGUGGUACAUGGAAGUCGCCGAGGCUUACAACUUCUUCUACGAGGCCGAUGCCUCUGGUGUCGGCUCACCGUCAUGA